CCCUCAGCAGUGCCGCAUCGCCAUGGCGAGCUACAGCCGUCUCUUGCUGCGGAUGCUCCCCCUGCGUCGGUGGCCGUUGCACGGCCUGGGCCCUGUCUGGCUCAGCGAUCCCCAGCCGGCCUGCAGGGUCCUGUGGCCGUCCAGCCACAACCUCAUGGACCGAGUCGUGGCCGACGUAGAGAGGCAGAUGCAAGACAUGGAGAAGAUGACCCGGGCCUUCUUCCAGGCCGCCCCGCUUCUGACGUGGGAGCGUGAGAGCCAGAGGGAGCCACGCGAGGAGAGUGCCACGGAGGCUGCUGUGAAGGGGCAACCAGACGGGAAGCACUCCUUCUCCGUGGACGUGACAGGCUUUUCCCCAGAGGAGAUGACGGUGAAGCUGGACGGCAGAAAAGUCACGGUGACUGCCAAGCGCCAGAGGGAGAGCCAAAGCGAGGGGGGCAGCUACUGGCAAGAACACCAAGAGCUGCGGCGGGAGACCCUCCUUCCGCCCGACGUGGACCUCCAGGCCGUCUCGUGCUCUUUGACCCCGGACGGGCAGCUGUGCAUCGAGGCACCACGCUUGGCUUCUUCUGCGACCACGGAGAAGGCCAUCCCGAUUGACGUCCAGUCUGAGGCACAAAACAGGCCCAGUGGGGAAGAGAAAGAGCCGGGGGGCAGCGAUGGGGCCAAGGCAAAGGAGACCUGAAAUCCGCCCCGAUAACCACAGAACACCCUCCCACUGCAUGGAAAA